GUGAGGUCACCUCUGCAAAGACGGUUGUACCUCACCGCCUUCUCUGCCGCUUCUCCGAUAGUACCACCACAUCUUCUCCGCUUUGCAAAUUUUUCUCGAGUUUUACUGGGGUAGAACCUGCACCGGAGCUGAACAUCAGAAGUAGUUGAAUUCCCAUUUGCCAAUUUUGUUGGAUGGCGAAGAAGAAGGAGAAGUCUGUCAACGUUUCCGGAAAGCCGAAACACUCUCUGGACGUUAACCGAGAUGGGAGUAGUAGUAAGACCAAAGGAGGCCGCAGCUCCGCCACUGUUCGGCGGCUCAAGAUGUAUAAUUCGCGGCCGAAGCGCGACAAGAAGGGACAAAUUGUAAAGCAUGAUUUGCAGUCCAAAGAGUUGCCGUCAACUCGAAUUCAACCUGAUCGCCGAUGGUUCGGGAAUACUAGGGUUGUGAAUCAGAAAGAGCUGGAGUUUUUCAGGGAGGAGCUGCAGAGUCGGCUUUCGAGUAAUUACAAUGUUAUUUUGAAGGAGAGAAAGCUGCCUUUGUCGCUUUUAAAUGAUCAUCAGAAGCAAGCUCGAGUGCAUCUUCUAGACACAGAGCCUUUUGCCGAUGUGUUUGGACCAAAGGGAAAGAGGAAACGUCCCAAGCUAAUGGCAGCAGAUUAUGAGUCGCUAGUGAAGAAGGCUGAUGGUUCUCAAGAUGCCUUUGAAGAGAAACAUAGUACUAGCACUUGUGUGGAAGAAAAUGAAGAUGGAGUCAAGGACCUUGUACGGCAUACCAUGUUUGAGAAAGGUCAAAGUAAGAGAAUAUGGGGUGAACUCUACAAAGUCAUAGACUCUUCAGAUGUUGUUGUUCAGGUUUUAGAUGCUAGAGAUCCACAAGGUACAAGAUGUCAUCAUCUGGAGAAGCACUUGAAAGAACACUGCAUGCAUAAACAUAUGGUUCUUUUGCUGAAUAAGUGUGAUUUAGUUCCUACCUGGGUAACUAAAGGAUGGCUUAGAGUAUUGUCCAAGGAAUAUCCAUCUUUGGCAUUCCAUGCGAGCAUCAACAAGUCCUUUGGCAAGGGUUCACUUCUAUCAGUAUUGAGACAAUUUUCUCGACUAAAGAGUGACAAGCAAGCAAUAUCCGUGGGGUUUGUUGGUUACCCUAAUGUUGGAAAGUCAUCAGUUAUCAAUACACUGCGUACCAAGAAUGUUUGCAAGGUUGCUCCUAUUCCUGGAGAGACCAAAGUCUGGCAAUAUAUUACACUCACAAAGAGGAUCUUCUUGAUUGACUGCCCUGGAGUUGUCUACCAGAACAAUGAUUCUGAAACAGAUAUUGUCUUGAAGGGUGUGGUUCGUGUAACAAAUUUGGAGGAUGCUGCUGAGCACAUAGGUGAAGUUCUGAAUCGUGUAAAGAAGGUGCACCUUGAGAGAGCAUACAAAAUAAAAGAUUGGGAAGAUGAAAAUGACUUCCUUGUUCAACUCUGCAAGGCUAGUGGCAAACUUUUAAGGGGAGGUGAACCUGACUUGAUGACAGCUGCAAAGAUGGUACUUCAUGAUUGGCAGAGAGGUAAAAUUCCAUUUUUCGUUCCACCCCCAAAGGAAGAGAAUGAUUCAUCUGAAGGACCAAAUGAAUCUGGUUUGGAGAAUGACAAGGCAGUGAAUGAUGAUGAAGUAUCAGCUGCCAGGAAGGCUAUUGCUGAUGUGAUUUCGUCCCAGCAGUUGAAAGAUGUCCCAGUCCAAGAGGGCCUCUUCACUGAGAAUGAGUUGAAGGGUAAUGAUAUUGAGCAGCUUCCAGUCACAGGGUCAUGAUGUGGUUUUGAUCCUACUUACAUGUAGCUGAGUACAUUUGGCAGAUAGUUUUGACUUCUGGUUCUUAGCAACCAAUUUCUAGGAUUCACCCGUUUUGUUAUGUAAUGUUGUUCCGCUUAGUUCAAUUUAUGCUUCUUCGAAA